AUGGAUCCUUCAGAGAUAAAACGGAAGAUUGUUCGCUUUCGAAUUCUCAUCAUAGGAAGAGCGAACGCAGGAAAAACUACCAUCCUAAAGAGGGUUUGCAAAACCAACGAGAACCCAGAAAUUUUUGACGGCGCUGGGGAAAAGAUCGAUAUCGCUGUUUUGACAGCAUCCAGAGAGCGUGGAGAGCACGAUAUCGAGAACGAAAUGGUGUUCCGCAACAACCCAGGAUUUAUUUUUCAUGAUUCACGCGGUUUUGAAGCAGGCGGCGAAUCUGAGUACGACAAGGUCAAUGCAUUUAUCAAAGACCGUUCGAAGAAAACAAAUAUAAAGGAUCGAAUCCAUACGAUAUGGUAUUGCAUACCAAUGGAUGAGGCAAGUAGGUGUUUUACCGAGGGUGAACUCAAAUUUUUCUCUCGCUGUGACACCGGGAGUAUUCCGGUGAUCGUGUUAUUCACCAAAUUUGAUGCCCUCUACGACGUCGAAUUCGCACGACUUAUGGAGAAUGGAGCAUCAAGGAAAGACGCUAAGAACCUGGCUCCGAAGCACGCCGAGGAGACAUUCGCAAACGGGCCUCAAUUGCAGUUUCUGUACCACUCCAAGGCCAUCCGACGGCCUCCAAAAUGUCACGUAUGCCUCCCUGACAUGGACAACGACGAUGCAGACUGCGGACCGCUCAUCGAUCGAACGGCUGGAACUCUGGACAAUGAAGUCCUGCAGCAACUGCUUGUCUCAACUCAGGAGACCAACUUGGAGAUCUGCAUCAAAUAUGCAGUUGAGAGGUAUCUACCCAUCAGCUCAUGUGCCUGCUGCGAGUUUCAUUGA